UCCGACCAAAGCCCAAGGAGCCUCUGCUGCUAAGAAAAUUGUGCCAUCUCUUGGUCCAGCUUGAGGCUGAUUCAAAAUUAACGUCCCUGAUGCAGAGCUAAAUAAGUAUCAUAUUCUUUUCUUAUUUACAGAUUUUGUCUGAGUUGUCUUUCUUUUUUAUAGAUUUUUGUAUAGGCUUACUCUAUACAUGUACAUUUUGGUCUAAUUUUCCCAGAAAUGUGUUGGUCUUUUUUCGAUUUCAGUUUGUUGGGUUUAAGUGGUCAGACCAUGUGGUCCUGGUUGCCUUUUUUUUGUUUUCAGGUUUGAUCUGGAUUUUUCUGCUGAAUCUAGAUUACAUUCAUGAUUACAUUUUGGUUUUGGUCAAAAAUGUUUCUUUGCUUGAGUCCUUUCUUUGAAUUUCUUCAGUAACUUUAUGCAGUCGUCUCAAGUAUUAACAUUUCUGAAAAUAUGUGAAUCUUUUUUUCUUCUUUUUGUGUUUGAGGUCUAGAACUGUGUCUCUUCUUCAGGCACAUACAUUCCUGGCAAUUUUUCCUUUGAAAUUCAGAUCGCGAGUUUAGUUUAGCAAGAUGAGUUCAGAGUUAGUCCCCCAGCCCCAAAGAAUGUUGUGCGUGAGUUUCUGUGUCGCAGUAAGUGUUACAUUGACCUGUGUACUGUGUCAGCAGAAAGAAGAAAAAUGUUCAAAUGGAGACAUCCCAAAUGAAAGUCUGCAAUAAUGGAUAUCGUGGGCUAAGCCUGGCACGCUCUUGAUAACAUGGAUAACCUAACACUCUUGAUAACAACACUUAUGAAUGAGACUUUGAAGCAAAUACAAAGAUCUUGUUCCUUCCACUGCUCAACCAUUUUAUUCCAUUGAAAACUUCUUUACAUGUACAUGUAUGUUCCAUUCAGUUGAUUUACAUGUAACUCAAACCGCAUACAGGUUCAGUGAUAAGAAUUUUACAAGGGAAGUAUUGCUUUUUGCAACUUUCUUAUCUUAAAUCUGUUAUGACAUCUGUCUUGGUUGAAAAGUAGAAUAAUCUAUGUUUUUCCUGACAAAUCAGGAUAUCAUGCUAGGAUAUUAUUACAGGAGGACUCAUUUUCUGUUCAAAUUAUGAACCCAAAAGUUAGUUACCGGUAAUGAAAAAUAUUUGUAAGAAAACUUUGCUCACUGACCUCAGGUCAUGAACUACAACAACAAACCAAACAUAAAUUACGACAGCAAAAUGUCAGAAAUUUCAUCGAAUGUUGGUGCAGAAAUACAUGAAAGACAGGCUUCUCCAUUGGAUGACAUUCCAUUUUGAUCAUAAAUAUGCAAAUUGGCAUAUACAUUGCCUAAAAAUAAUGAAGUACUGAAAUGCACAAAACAUGUGAAAAGAUGAAAAAUCAUAUUAAACAGGCUACAAAGGACCAAGAAGUAUAAGCUUAGAUGUCUUUACAAGAACUUCAGUUUAGAAGUUUAAAAAUUACACAGCCUAGGCUCUUUUUCAACGUUGGAAUAUUAAAGUGCAUGGUGACUAGAACAAUGUUUACAUUAUUAUAUUGCUUGUUUCUGAAUUCUUAAACAAGCAUAAUGCAAUCUUUAAAUAAACCGAAACUAAGAUCCAUUUCAUUUAAACUGAGGUGCAUUUUAGUGGUCAUAGCCAAGGAUGCUUUGGUUGUUGUCAAUUAGGUAAGAAUUACACGUGAUCAUGUAGUACUCAAAUACUCAGAGGUCACAAUUAUACAGAAAUAACCAAAUCAGUUCUUGGUCAUGGUCACCUUACAACUAAUCAGCUAUACAUUCUUACUGUCCUGUUGCUGAUACUAAAUACAAGGAAUCUCGCAAAACUCUCUAAUAUUGUAACUAACCAUUCUCUGAGUAAAAUGAAGAUUGUUGUGUUACUGAUACUAAACGUAGGGAAUCUGGCCAGACUCUCUCCUGUUGUAACCAGCCAUCCUCUGAGUAAAAGGAAAAUUGUCUUGUAUGCUUGUAAACAAAUUAACUACAAUUUACACUGAGGUGCUCAAGUUUAAACACAGUUAUCAAUUUUGUUAAUGGUUGGCAUCUACUAUAGUGAUCAUAUUCUAAGCAAUCCCUGUUCAUGCUGUUUAUGGAAAGUUUACCGUAACUGUACUAAAGGAUUUUCCAUGGGCUUACGUCAGUGAGCGGGCAUUUUCAGCGACUAGACAGUUUCUUUUUGAUUUUUAGAUUUUCAUUGAUCUAUGGGUUUCUAACAUUUGUUGUUGAGAACCCCCCUCGGCAGGUCACAGCUUAUAGAAUGGUUUCAUUAGCACACAGUUUGAAAGACGACUACGUUUAGUCACUGUGACGUCAUCAUUUCAUUAGUUUCCCCCAUGGAUCCCAUCUGUUAUCAUCAAGUCUACACGGAUAGCGGCUGUACUAUACGUAAGUAAAAAAUGGAUAAAAGCAAGCAAUUAUAUUUACAGAUUAUCCAUGCUUAAAUCGAUAUCAGUUAUUGUAUGAGAUAAUAUUACGAUGUGCAGUAUGUUGGUGAAUCAUUACGCAUUAAACAUUGCUCACAAUUUAGGUUCGUGGUGGUAAUUUCCGUCUUUGAAUUUGAAGAAGCUAUUUUUCCUGGGAGUGUUGCGGAAUCUAAUGUAAGCUGGUGCUAGCCCAUAUGUACUACAUGCAUGACAUGUAACAUAGCAGUGUAGGUCUAUGCGUUAUGAAUAUAACGCUAGGCUGAGCUUAGUCUAGGCCCCACUAUGCACUACAAUUCUAACAAAGCAAGGAUAAGUUUCACAUCCUUGGACCUCAGGAAAAUAGGAAAUGAAUAAAGUCUUGUUCAGAAUUGUUCAUAGGCAAAGCAUGAAUCAAACUGAGUUGAAUAUCUCAUCUACAUCUGGGGGAUUUCAUGGGGCAAAUGCCACCAUAUAAAAGUAUUGCAAAAAAUGAAUCAGUAAAACAAUAUCUGCCAAACGCUUGUCUCUUGUGGCUAUGAGCAGUGAGCCAUGUGUCAGUUGAAUGGGGCAACAUGGUUGGCAAUUAUUUUCUUAAAACUUGUGUAUCCUAAAUUCACAUAUUGCAUGUUUGGGAGCGAGUUACAUAAAAUAAUGGUUGGAUAUCUUUGUACUUAAGCCAUUACUUUUCAAGCAAAACUUUUUAGAUGGUUUGUAAACACGACAUCAGAAAGAAAUUUUUUAAAUGCAAAAUUUUUUUUUCCAGAAUGGAAUCAGCUGGAAAGAAAAGCAUGAGGUUUUAUCCAGGAUUGGAUAUUUUUCUGUUGAGGGAAGUAAUUGCAGUCAAUCCCAGUACCAAAUUGUUGUAGGAAGCAAUUAACAAAAAACUAAAUGAUGUUCCUAAGGAGUGAAAUGUGUGUGUAGCUCCUGAGAGCAUGUAGGGGAAUGUGGGGCUACUGGUCCAUCAGGGCAAGUGGCCCACUCCUAAGGAUUUUGCAAGUUGUUUCUGCUCAGCUGCCCUCACUGGGCACAACAAAGGCAUGUGGCCUUUGACCUUACAUGUGCCUUCUACAACCACAGAGUUCAAGUGCCUACAGCUGGGUUUACUCAGAAUAAUCCUGAUUUUUCUUCUGUUUGUUGUCCAUCAAAACCUGCAAAACACGUCCUGCCUUUCUGCUUAGUAGUAUUGCUUAUGCAAGAGAAGUUUGAACCACAAUUUGAAGUAUUUAACGUGGUAAAACGGACUUAAAAUGGGUGGUAAUGUGAAGCAUGGUUGCCACGUUACAAGUCAGUGGUUAUUUCUUACGAGAUCACAAUGCAUGGUAAUGUUGGAGCAUCAAUAGCCGACUGGGUUUUUUUGUGCUGGGAUUUUCAAAAUGGCAUCUUUCGAAGAUAAAAACAACAACAAACUGCUUGAAAGGGGUAGAUUUUAACCCUGAAAUAAGUAUUUAUUUAAUCAAUUAUAUGUUUGAAUAAAAUAGCCAAAAGAAAGGGAAGGGGUAGGCCUAAAUGAAACUGGGGAAUUAAAUCAUUUUGUGUACAGUGGGAGCCUAGAAUGGUUUGAUAAUGUGUUGUGUUCCUGCAUCAUCUUGGUUUACUGAAGGAUAACAAAAUGGCCGCCCGGCCAAUUUUUGUUCUUAUUUUGAAAACUCCUUAACAUUUUGUUCAGAAAUUUUAUGGCUCAUUUCUCUAGUUUAUGUUUUUAUUUUUCAGUUGUAAUAUUAAGAAAUGUAUUUUAAUGGUAAUAGUGCUACAAUAUUGGACAUUAUUCAUUUAUAAUUCCGUAUUGAAAAUAUUCGGGGCUACUGGACCACCAGUUUUUGGGGCUAGUGGUCCGCAUGGGCCAGUUGCCCCGCUGGUGUACAUGUAUUAACCAUUUCCGUAUGUUUUUUUCCCAGAAAGAGUUUAGUUGUUGACUGUUCAUAACAGCUACAUGUAUAUGUAUCACCAUGUGACUAUAUUUAAUACUGUCGGUAUUUUUUUAUCUCUUUAAAUGUAGAAUGGUGCGAACAUACAGUGCAUUGAAGCGCAGGCCUCAAAAUAAAUAGGAGGCAGACUCAAUGAGGACAGCUGUUGCUGCAGUAGCAAGUGGUAGGACCAGUCUUCGAGAUGCAUCAAAACAAUUCAAUGUUCCAAGAACAACAUUGACAAGAAGGUGCAGAAACCUGGUAGAUCAAGAUGCACCAGCACAUAAGCGAACGGUACUCACCAAAGCUGAGGAAGACAGGCUCGCCCAAUGGUGCUUGGAGAGGGAGUCUCGUCUAUUUGGUGUUACCCCACAGCUGGUAUGUGAAACCGCAUAUGCCAUUGUUGAGAAAUCUGGCAGGCCCCAUCAAUUCAACAAGAUCGCCAAGAGGGCUGGCUACGACUGGUUGAAGCAAUUCUAUAAGCGGCAUCCCCAGCUGACCACUAGAAAGCCAGAAGCCCUCUCUGCUGCCCGUGCCAGGGCCAUGAAUGAAGUGGUUGUGGAGCGCUACUUCAAGUUGCUAGCAACCACAUUAACAGAGCUACAACUGAACGACAAACCUGCACAGAUUUUCAACGCAGAUGAAACCGGGCUUUCGUCUGUCCACAAACCACCAAAGAUAAUUGGCCAGAAAGGAAAGAAGCAGGUUCAUUCUAAGACGAGUGCUGAGCGGGGUUUUAACACCAGUGUGCUGGCAUGUGCAAAUGCUGUGGGUAGUUUUGUUCCCCCUUUUGUCAUUUUCAAAGGACAAACAACAGCAUCUCAUGUAAUGACAGCUGAUGAAAUCAUACAGGAAAUGAAAACCAAACAGGCACAAGAGGAAUUGCGAGCCGAAGAGAAACAACAGAAGAAAAGGGAACGGGAUAGAAAAGCAGCUGACAGAAAGAAAAUGGCCGAAGAAAAGAAAAAAGCACGAGAGGAGAAGAAACAACAAAGACAGGAGAAGGGCAAAGGGAAACAAAUUGCCAAGAAACCACGCCCUCCCACACCCUCAUAUGAAGGCUCAGACAGUGAAGAGGAGGAUAUGGAUGAGGAAGACAACACGUUUUGUGCAAAGUGUAACGCACCGUGGAUGGCGGAUGAACCAUGGGUUUCCUGUAGAGGAUGCAAAGAGUGGUUCCAUGAGGACUGUACAGGAUGGCAAGGCGACAUGAACUUGUUCAUAUGCACUGACUGUCGUGACCUGUAUGAUUUGGCGAGUGGAUCUGAUUAGAUUUAGUGUACAUGGGUCCAUGCAUACAGUCUCAAGCAAACACAGAUUGCUUCUGAACAGUUAACGCCAGUUCUUGCUAAAUGUUUGUGCAAUAGUGAAUAUGAAUUCAAUUCGUUGAAAUUAUGAGGAUAGAAAAUGUAAGAUAUUUUAGAGAAGGAAAUUUGAGCUCUGUCACGACAUUUUGAACAACACAUUUAACACUUUGGUGCUUCCAAGAUAUUGACAAUUACCUGUUUGAAAUGUUUAUUAUCCAUUUACCAAUUUUGACUGUCAUAUAUGACUUUUUUAAUGACAAAUAUUAAGGUUUAAUGAUGUGGCCCACUUGCCCCAUGGGUGGGGCAAGUGGGCCACUUUUGGCUGGAAUUUUGAUUAAUUAAUAUUCAUGUUUUAAAUGAAUGUUAUUGAUUUCAGUUUGGCAAUCAACAAGUAAGUGUUUGGGCCAUGUAAUAAAAUAAGGUUUGGCUAUUUCCUUGAUCUUUUGAUGAUUGUUACAAUUGAAAAUGUGCUUAAGCGGUCCAGUAGCCCCACCCUAAAGAUCGCCUUUGCCAUGUGCGAGAGGCACAUCACAGAAGGGAUACGAAUGCAUAAAGGGCAUAAGAAUUACUCAAUAUACUUAGGCCGUCUCGAUUUUCAGAGCAGCUUCACAUAAAUUGUUUAUAAAGCCUUUUUUUAUAAACCAAGGUGUUACUGCAUGCUCCAUGUACAGUAGUAGUACAACACAUGCAAAUUACCUGUUGGAUGCAUAUACAGGUAAGGAUGCAUUUCUGGGUUUUUUUUGGGGGGGGCACUCUGGACUUUUAUACGACUCUUAUUGAAUGAAGUCUUUUAAUGUAAUCUUCACUGUGCUAUUUGUUCCAUUUAACUUAUUGACAGUCUUUAUUUUGUCACUCGAGGACGUUUUGGUGUUUCCAAAAAGGGAAACCUCUGACUCCUCGGGGACGAUGCAGUUAGGCUUAAUAAGACAAUAUGUUUGUAAAUGUUUCACAAAUGUGUCAUUUCCUGUAGUUCACAAACGGAUGAAGAGUAUGAUGAAAUGGCCCAGCUUUUGACAGAACUUGCCGAUUUAGACGAGGAGCGGAAAAGAGAUGACAACAAACCAUCUGAGAAAGAUGUAAAAGAUCUGCAAGGAGAAGACAUCUGAGCUGCAGCCAUGGAGUCACUGGUUGGAACCAGUAAGAAAAAUGAUGCAGAGAUCUCCUCCUGUCAGAAGUAGAGACACUUCCAGUGGCAGACAUCCAUGAUUCUAGCACCGACAGCGAAGGAGAUGACGAAGACGACC